UAUCUACACACCAUCAAUACUCAACAAUAAACAAACAAUAACCAUCUUAAUAAUAUUGAUAUGGAAAAUUCGAAUAUCGAACGGGUCAUAUAACCGAGCGGGCCACCCCUCCAUUUUAUCCUCAACUUUAUCAACCACAUAUUCUCCAAAAUCGCCAAGCCAUCCCAACAUGCCUCCAAAUGCUGCAAAAAAUGAUUCUAGCUAUGAAGGCAGACUUGCCCUUGCUAUUGAUGCGUUAACAACCACAAAAAUCGCAAGUGUGCGCCACGCAGCGCAUGUUUUUGACGUGUCAAGAACAACAUUUCAAGAGCGCUUAAAGAGCCUCUCUGAACGCGCUAAAACAUGCCCAAAUUCUCAAAAAUUAACGCCCAGUGAAGAGAAAUCGCUUCAUGAUUAGAUACUCGAUAUGGAAUCGAGAAGCUUCCAUGAUUGCAAAUAUGGCCAAUCUUCUGCUCUGUACCCUAUCGGCAAUGGCCGCCAGGGCUGCCCACCUUUCUUUGUUAUCUGAUUGGCUCCUAUGACUAAUAUCCUACUAUUAGGGUUAAUAAUGAUGAUUUAAUCUAAUA